UUCAUUGUACAUGGCGAAAAAGUUCACGUGAAAAAUUUCACAUUUUCACAUUUGAGAAGAAUUACAUAAUCCCGCGAAAUCGUACGUGAUCAUAAAUUCACGUGAAACUUUUCACUUUUCACGUUUCCGCCCUAGGGGAAAAGUUACAUGAUCGACCCCCAGGCCUAUAUAUAUUCGUGCCUAUAACUAGUCGUAUUGUAUAUUCAAUUUCGAUUGUUUCAACUUCAGAUUACUUCACGCAGAAUGCGAUAGCGACAUGGCCUUUGUCAAUGAGUAUUAUUGCUUAUACGUAUGCACAAGUGCUUUACAUAAGAAACAAUGAUAAUAAUGAGAAAUGAUCGAAAGGCAGCUCGAGUUUCUACACUAUUGUUACGAUUGUCGCGAUUAUUUGGUGAUUGAAGCGCUCUUGGUCGUAUCGUUACGAAUAUCACGAGAAAUGCGCGGAUCGCAGCUCGUACAUCGUUCACAAGAGAUGUCAAGUUCUUGCGAUUAUUGUGCCUGACGCGUGCGCGAGGACAACGUUGCAUGGACAUUGUCGCAUAGCGGAAGAUCGUAACUACCUGCAACAUUCGCCUACGACUAGUUUUGGCCUAAUUUUAGCCUAACACAUCAAAGUCAUCUCGUUGAUCUUCGCAUAAUCGCCUAAUAAUCGCACAUAGCGAGAUGGCGGACGAUUCGAGCGUACGUGUUGCCGUACGAAUAAGGCCUCAAGUAGCCCGUGAAGUAAUUGAUAUGUGCAGGAUUUGUACUCAAGUACCUCAAGGGGAACCACAGGUUUUCCUUGGUCCCGACAAGGCCUUUACCUACGAUUAUGUUUUUGAUACUCAAGCGAGUCAAAGCACAAUUUACGAAACAUGUGUGAGUCGUCUUGUGGAGGGUGCAUUGGAUGGCUACAACGCAACGGUCCUCGCCUAUGGACAAACCGGCUCGGGUAAAACUUACACCAUGGGCACUGGUUUUGACGUUGAGGUCGAUGAAAUUAUCGUUGGAAUCAUUCCCAGAGCCAUUAGACAUCUUUUCAAUGGAAUAGCAAAUAAACAGGAACGUGCGAGGGAACGCGUGCAAAUGCCCCCGGAGUUUAAGAUUACAGCGCAGUUCUUGGAAUUGUAUAACGAAGACUUGAAAGAUUUAUUAGAAUCAGGAGGACCGAGGGGUGGUGCACGUAUUCAUGAAGAUACAAUGGGUAACAUACAUUUAACUGGCGUAGAACCGCGUGUCGUAACCAGUCCCGAACAAGCGUUGGAAUAUCUUCGAUUGGGUGCGUUAUCGCGCACGACGGGAUCCACGCAAAUGAAUAUGCAAUCCUCUAGGUCACACGCGAUAUUUACCUUGUAUAUUAAACAACAAAGAUGCAUCAAAGUCGAGGAUCCUGAUGCGGACGUUGAUACAAGCGGCGUCGAGCUAGCGAACGAAUUUGAAACAUUAACUGCGAAGUUUCAUUUUGUCGAUUUGGCCGGUUCCGAGAGGUUAAAGAGAACGGGUGCCACUGGUGAUAGAGCGAAAGAAGGCAUUUCUAUCAAUUGUGGAUUGUUAGCAUUGGGCAAUGUCAUUUCCGCUCUUGGCGAUAAAACAAAGAAAGCUUUGCACAUACCUUAUAGGGACUCGAAAUUAACCAGACUACUUCAAGACUCUCUCGGAGGAAAUAGCCAAACUGUUAUGAUAGCGUGCGUAUCGCCAAGCGACAGAGAUUUUAUGGAAACUUUAAGUACGUUAAAAUAUGCAAAUAGAGCGAGAAACAUAAAGAAUAAGGUUACCAUUAACCAGGACAAGAGCUCGAGAACAAUCGCGUCGCUACGACGAGAAAUUCAGCAACUUCAAUUAGAAUUGAUGGAAUACAGGCAAGGCAAGAGAAUCGUCGGUGAAGAUGGAGUUAACGACACCUGGCACGAAAAUCAAAUGUUGAGUAGCGAAUUACAAAGUCUUCGUACCAGAGUGAAAGCUCUUUCAGAAACAGUCGAGGCAUUAACCGCCAAAAAUGCUCUCCUGUUGGCAGAAAAAGCUGCGGGGCAGUGGGUAGCGGUAUCUAGCAAAAGUCAAGGCGAUGAUCAAGUCACUAGCUUGGUACAAGGCUAUGUUCAAGAGAUAGAAGAGUUAAGAGCUCGUCUAUUGGAAGCGGAAGCUAUGUACCAGCAAUUGAAGAAAAGACAAAUGCUGGUUAAUGCAGCAAAUCCAUAUGGAGAUAGUUCGUAUCAUUCCGAUUCUAUAUCUGUGUUGAUCGAUGCUAAAAGAGAUGUCGAAAAAGAAAUGGAAACGUUAAAAGUCUUAAAAGAGCAGUAUAGUCAUAGUGGAAAUACUAUCAAAUCGAUGGAUGAAGGAGAGAUAGAUGAUACAGAGAAUGCUCAGGAUUCUGUAAGCGAAGAUGAUUCCGACGAUGAUUCCGAUCGUAAAGAAGAAGACGAAGAAGAGGCAGCUAUGGGCCGUGAAUUAGAAGCGCUAACAUCCGAUAUUGAUGUUAAACAGCGUUUGAUACAAGAACUCGAGCUUUCUCAGAGACGUCUGCAGACUAUGAAGCAGCAUUACGAGGAUAAAUUGUCUCAAUUGCAAGCCCGUAUCAGAGAUACUCAGGAAGAAAGAGAUAAAGUGUUAAUAUCUUUGCAACAACAACCUACACCGCCUACUGAAAAAGUUAAAAAAUUACGCGAUGAGUACGAAAAGAAGCUCGCUAAUAUGCAGAAAGAGAUGCGACUUUUACAAUCUGCUAAAAAAGAACACGCGAGGCUAUUGAAGAAUCAAUCUCAAAAUGAAAAUAGAUUGAGAGGAUUGAGAAACGAACUUUCAGAAAUGAAGAGAGCUAAAGUGAAACUUUUAAACAAAAUGCGGGAAGAGGCACAACGACAUAAAGAAAACGAACUGAGACGCAAUAGAGAAAUAGCACAGUUACGUAAGGAAAGUCGGAGGCACGCGAACGUCAUCAGGACGCUAGAAGCUGACAAGAGAAUGAAGGAAGUUGUUCUUAGACGUAAACAGGAAGAAGUAACGGCACUACGAAGGAAAGAUAAGGGAUUGAGUCAAAAGGCUGCCGGUCGUGCUCCAAUUAAACAACUUAAUCAUAAAGCGCUGAAGCAAAGAUGGCAGACGUUCGAAAGAAUGAUCGCUAAGCAAGCAUUAGCGAAACAAGCUGCCGCGGAAACGGAGAGAGAAAUGGAAAGAUUACUUCAAGAAAGGGAAGAAUUAGGAAGAGAUUUGGAGAAACUUCAGAAACAUAGAAGUCAAAUUACAAGUGCGAGAGGCGACAUCACCGAUAUUGAUGAAGAAAUUGAUAAUGUAGAAAGUAAAAUUAGUUACUUACAGGAUAGUAUUGCGGAAUGUCAGCGAGAUAUGGUUGAGAUGGGCGACGGUGAAGUGGAAGGUGAACCUGGUGUCGAAACGCUCAUCUCUACAAUUCGAACAGUAGACGAAGCGCAAUACUUACUUCAACGAAUGCUGGCGUUUACCGUAGAGCAAAGUUGCAUAGCCGCACAAAAGCAACUCGAAGUACGGGAUAUGGAAUCACGACUUAAUCAAGUUGCGCAAGAAAGCGACGUACAACAUCAAUUAUUGGAACAUGUUUUACGCGAUCGAGAUCUUUUAUCUCUCACAAACAGUCAGAAUAAUAUAUUAGCUUACAGUCCAGUCAGUUCAAGGAGUUCCUCCCCAGACAAUGAAAGUUAUGGCCAAAUUAUCGGGGAAGAAAGACAGCGCAAUAGCAAAGUCAGAAAAAGAACAACGCAACCACAAGAACUUCUCUAUGGUAUAUAUGCAAGUCCGGAAAAUGUGAAAGCAGACGAUCAGCAGACUCAAAAUCAUAAUCAUCCUCUUACUAGAGUCCCCAGUGCACCAGGUAGUCUAAAAGGAUUAGUAACGAGAAAUCAACAUGGUGGUACUAUAACUGGAGGAUCGCCAACUUUGAGUCGUCGCGACAGCACUUCGCCUAGAGCUCUGCGACGGCCAAUUCCAGGUGGAGGCUCUAUGGAGCAGGUAGCGCAUACGGAUAUAUCUUCACCUCCUGGAUCGCCCACCACAUACAGGCGAUUCAAUAGCCGCGAAGAAAAUGUGUUUUCGAGACUAACCGCGAAUAGACAGCUAAUCGCAUCUGAACCACAACCGAUGAAAGGAAUCAUCUCGCAAUAUCAGGGCAAGACGCAACCACGGGCUAUUUUGCAAUGUUCUCACGUUGCGGAAGGGCAUAGCAAAGCUGUUCUUACUGUAUGUGUGACGUCGGAUUUACUUUUCAGCGGUUCCAAAGAUCGCACUGUGAAAGUAUGGGAUUUAGAAACAGGAAUUGAAAGAUUGACUCUAAGUGGACAUCCUAAUAAUGUUGUUGCUGUAAAGUAUUCCACUAUUCAUCAGCUUUUAUUUAGUGUAUCCGCAGCAUAUGUUAAAGUUUGGGAUUUGAGAACUGGCAAUAGCUGCAUAAAAACGUUGUCCUCUUCGGGACAUGUUCAGAUCGGCCCUAUUCCAUUAUCGACUCCAUCUAGGAUGCUUCAAGUUCCCAUGGGCGAAACAACAAUCAAUGAUUUAGCACUCAGUUUGGACGAACAGGAAUUGUAUACAGCAGCCAGCGAUAAGGUUAGAAUAUGGGAUCUUCGUAAGUUGACGUACACUGCUAGAUUAAGUACACCACACACAGCAGCUAUUAUGUGCCUGGCCGUUGCUGAGGACGGUAGAGUAAUAGCAGGUAGCAAGGAUCAUCUAAUAUCCCUUGCCGAGCCUACUAUAUCUUCUGGACCAUCUGUCAAUUUAGCGCCACCGCAUUAUGACGGAGUUCAAUGUUUAACUACAAUCAGUUCUACGCUAUUUUCUGGCUCUAGAGAUAUGUGCAUUAAACGAUGGGAUCUAAGCAAAAUGGAAUUGGUUCAAUCCCUGAACAAUGCUCAUAAAGAUUGGAUUUUGGGAUUAUGCACGAUAAAUAACGGUUCCAUAAUGAUUUCGGGAUGUCGCGGUGGUAUAUUGAAGGUAUGGUCAGUUCCUAAGGAUCAUUCAGGGGAGUGUAUGCCUAUUGGAGAAGUACGAGCACACGCUUCUGCUAUCAAUGCUAUCGCUACCAAUCAGCAACAUAUAUUUACAGCGAGCAACUCUGGAGAAGUGAAGCUGUGGCGUAUACCCGAUUCCUCGUUAUCCAUGUCUAUCUCCACAGUUUCUCUUUAAAAUUUUGUUUUGCUUUUUGUUUGUGCGUCACUGUGUGUGUUGUAUUUAUUUUAUAUUUUUGUAAUAAUGCGCAUUCCCAGCUUAGUUUAACAUUUAACACGUUGUAUUCUACACGUAUAAUGUGGCCUGUAGCGAGGCUGCGUUGUUUUUUUAUAUCUAUAAUAUUCGUUGAAUGUUACUGUAUUCAAUUGACUAUUUCAUGCAGCACCGUACCGUACAGUACUAUUGGCUUAUAUAAUCGAGCAAAAGAUAUACGAUUACAUAAAUUUAAAAUGUCUAUACUUAUCUUUGCAUUAUGUCUGCAAUUCAUCAUUAAUGUGACUUAAUGAUAGCGCAAAAUUCACAAAUAUUUUAAAAAUUGAACGUUAUAUUUGAGAAGAUGCAAUUUAAACACAUGAUAUUAUUCAUACGUCCAAGUGCAAGCAUUCUUUGUGAUAGACAAUACAAAAUACAUAUAUAAUUCUCUUGUCAGUCAAUAGAUCAAAAAGAUAAGAGAUUCGAUAGUCAAUCUUAUGAAAAAAUUGAAAAAGCUACUUAGCUUUUAAGUCUAUUAGGAUGUAUGAAUGUUUAAUUUAUUAUUAUUUGCUUCUAUGUUGUUUACUCCACUUUGGUGCUUUGCAUGGUCAUCAUGUCGAUACGAAGUGAUGGAACUGUGAAAUUGUGGAAUUACUUUAAACGAGACGCAAAGACCUUCCACAGGAGCAACUCACUCAAAAGCUAACACAUACAUCGUAUACUACCCAUUAUAUUUAAUUUGCAAUUAUAAUUUUAAUUUAAUUUAAAUGAUAAUGCACUUGAUCCAUCCAUUGCUUAUUAGCUUACUUUCGUUCACACAUUGCUAUUGCAUUAAUUUUUUAAUGUUUAUCAUUGAGAUUAUUCUCCCAAAUGUUUUUAUACUUUUUGACUUUAUCGAUUUUUUAAUCUUAAUCAAUAAUAGGAGAGACGUGAUAAUUAUAAAAAGCAACUGUGGAACAAUUAUGCAUUUAUUGUUUAAUUAACAAGAUGAGUCACAAUGCAGAAUUUGAUCGGAAUAGGAAUUACGUGCAUUAUCAUAUCUACAUCUAAACGGGCAAAGCUUAGAUAAAAUAUUAUCUGAUAGAAAGAAAAA